UGGGUGCCUUGGGGUUUUCUUUUAACUGAGUUAAGGUUGGUAGGGAUAGAGGGAGGUGUGGAGAGUGUAGGCUCCGCCUCCCCCGGGGUGUUGAGUUCACUCACCGCGGGCUGCUGGAAUCUCCGGGACACAAAGCAGCAGCUUCGCCCGCUGUCUGUCACCGGGUUCGGGAGCCCAACCAGUGCAGCAUCCGAGCUCCCGCCCGUCCCCCAGGAGAGUGCGAGCUGCCCCACUCUUGUUUUUGUUUUGCGGGGGAGUUCUCUGACAGCAGUUAUUUGGCGGUGGUUUCCGCGGGGCUCGGGAUUAGGCUGGUGGGACGACCACCCCACCCCCCCCCCCCCCCCAUCACCUCCCCUCGACCUCCUCGGCGCCCUGACGAAACGCGGGAAAUUAUGGGGCUGCAGCCGUUGGAGUUCAGCGACUGCUAUGUGGAAAGCCCUCACUUUCGCGAGCGGCUGAGAGCUCACGAAGCCGAGUUGGAAAAGACGAACAAGUUCAUCAAGGAGCUGCUGAAGGAUGGGAAGGCGCUGGUCGCAGCCACGAAAACCCUUUCAACAGCACAGCAGAAGUUUGCUCAGUCCCUUGGAGAGUUUUCUUUUGAGUUUAUUGGGGAUGCUGAGACAGAUGACGAACGAUGUAUAGAUGAGUCUGUGCAAGAGUUUGCAGCAUUUUUACGUACACUCGAGGAACAAAGGGAAAUGAUGGCUCGUAACAUCAGCGAAACAUUUAUCAAGCCACUGGAAAGAUUCAGAAAGGACCAGAUCGGAGCAGCAAAGGAAGAAAAGAAAAAGUAUGACAAAGAAACUGAGAAAUACUACAGUACACUGGAAAAACAUGUCAAUUUAUCAUCAAAGAAGAAAGAAGCAUCACUUUUGGAGGCAGAUAGUCAGCUAGAGCAGAUUCGGCAACACUACUAUGAAUUAUCAUUGGAGUAUGUGUGUAAAGUGCAAGAAAUUCAAGAACGCAAGAAGUUUGAAUUUGUGGAGCCUAUGCUGUCUUUCUUUCAGAUGCUUUUCACAUUUUAUCAUCAAGGUUAUGAACUGGCCAAAGAUUUUGAUCACUACAAAACUGACCUACACCUCCAUAUACAAAAUGCAAGGAAUCGAUUUGAGGGUGCAAGGACAGAAGUGGAGGAACUAAUGAACAAGAUUAAAAAAAAUCCUCACGAACACACUCGAACAACCCAAUUUACCACAGAGGGAUACCUUUAUCUACAAGAAAAAAGAACAGGUCCCUUUGGCUCAAGUUGGGUAAAACAUUACUGCACUUAUAAAAAGGAAACCAAGAGGUUUACCAUGUUGCAGUUCGAUCAGAGAUCAGGUGGGAAAAUUGGCGAUGAAGAUGCAUUUAUUCUCAAAUCAUGCACGAGGAAAAAGUCUGAUUCUACAGACAAGAGGUUUUGCUUUGAUAUCGAAGCAAAGGACAGGCAAGGUGUUAUCACCCUGCAGGCUAUUACAGAAGAAGAUCGUAGACAGUGGAUGGAAGCUUUGGAUGGAAAAGAACCAGUAUAUUUAAUUACCAGGAGUAAUUCAAGGAAAGAAGGAAAUGCUCAACUGGAUGAAAUGGGUUUCAACAUAAUAAAGAAGUGCAUCCAUGCACUUGAAACACGUGGACUUAAUGAUCAAGGUUUAUAUAGAGUGGUUGGAGUCAGUUCAAAAGUCCAGAGGCUGAUGAAUUUGUUGAGUGAUUCAAAGACCUGUGCUGAACUUGAUCUGGAUAACACGCUGGAAUGGGAAACAAAGACCAUCACCAGUGCACUUAAACAGUAUCUGCGGAAUCUUCCAGAACCUGUCAUGACUUACAAGUUGCAUUCAGAAUUCAUCUCUCUAACCAAAAGCGGUAGUCCUGAAUCAAGAAUCAAGCCACUUCAUUCCCUCAUUCAUAAACUUCCAGAAAAGAAUCGAGAGAUAUUGGGCAUUCUCAUAAAGCAUUUGGCCAAUGUAUCUAAUAAUGCAAAGCAGAACCUGAUGACCGUUGCAAACCUUGGGGUUGUAUUUGGACCGACUCUGAUGAGAGCUCAGCAAGAAAGUGUGGCUGCCAUCAUGGAUCUCAAGUUUCAGAACAUCGUUGUGGAAAUUCUAAUUGAAAACUACGAAAAGAUAUUCGGGACAGUUCCAGAUGCCAGUGUGGGUCAGUCAGACACCUCUUUAGCGCCAUCCUCAAAUAUACUGACCAGAAGGCCAACACAUGGUCCACGCCAUUCAAGGCCCAUAGCUGUAUAUAAUUUUUCUGUGGACCUAGAAAAAGGUGAAAAUCCCAGUAGUGCAGCAGAUGACACUCCAAGUGGAAGCAUGGAAUCUAUUUCUUCCCAUUCCUCAGUAACUACAACAUCCUCCAACUCCAACAGUCCCCCAGAGCAAGCCAGAAAUCAUGUUCAUGCAAGCAGUGUCCAUUCCACAGAUGGCACAUCUUCCCUCUCAUCUACACCAAUGGUUUCCUGGUUCAAUCUCUCCUCAACAUCACAAUCAGUGCCAUCAUCCCAGUCUCCAAAUGUGACUCCCACAAGUGAAGAAUCUCUAAAUGGGGCUCCAAGCCUUAAAGCCAAGGCUGUCUAUUCUUGUGAAGCUGAGCAUUUCUCUGAAUUAUCCUUCAAAGUGGGAGCAAUAUUUGAAAAUGUACACUGUUCACGGGAGCCUGGCUGGUUGGAAGGAACCCUUGAUGGCAAGACAGGACUCAUUCCACAAAAUUACGUUGAAUUCCUGUAGCACUCACUGAGCCUUUGAAAUUUGUAAGAAAUACUUUUCAUGGUAUCCAUGGUCAACCUUGACAAGACAGAAUCACCACUGGUCCUACUGUAGUUCCAUACCUGACAUCUUAGAAUUGGAACAAAGGCAAAUGCUGAUUUGCAUAUUAACAUAACUAACCCUGAGCAUCUGCAAAAUUUGUUUUUAAAUUAAAUAUUGGCAGAAGUGCUGCUGUUACUUUGGCAUGCUAUUUUAAUUAUCAUAGACUUUUUAAUCAUAGGAUUCAGCAGCUGGGGGCAGCAUUGGGAAAUGUUAUUGCAAUAAACUGAAACAACAAAUGUUACCUUUGUAACCCUAAGUUGUAAUAUCUAUUUUGCAGUCACAAUUCAAUUCUACAUGUAUUUUCAUAAUGCUUUAUGCAUAGAAACAAAAGAGAAAUUGCGAUAACAAUGGGUGAGGAGGAAGGGGAGUUAUUUGUAUGCACUUUGGAUUUUGCAUUACCGACCAUGUAUAACGUUAGGAUGUUUCAAUUUUAAGAAACAGUGAAAAUGUUUUUUAAAUAUAUUUUUGAUGUAUAUUUGUGAAAUGUUUGAAGUAAUUAGAUAAAUAUGAAUCUUGAAAACCAUCAGAUCUGAGAGCAUUUUUACAAGAUGUUAGUGAAUAUAUCAUUUUGCUUUUUAUUAAUGGGACAAUUCCAUUCAAAUUGUAACAAGCAGUUAUAAAUUCCUUGUUUGUAUAUUUUUGUUAAUUUUAACUUGGGGGAAAAUGUGAACUAUAUUUAGUUUAAGAUUUUGUUAUAGUUGAGAAUUGUUCCAGCUUUAAUAGUUGUGUGUAAGUUAGCCAGAGAAUCCAGAAUCUUCUGUAAUGACGAGAGAAAAUAAAAAUCACUGCCAAUAAUAGUUUUCAUAUUAUUGAAGCUUAUGAUUCAUAACGUUUUACUAGAUCUUAUGUUCAGUGAAAUGUUUUUGUUAACUUAUUUCAAAUUGUUGUUUAAAAUGGAUAUUUUCCAGAUGAUGAGAAUUAAAUGUCUGAUUCUUUCUCAUAUUAUUAAAAAUUUUGCAAAUCAUUCA